GGUCCCAGCCCUACCGCAGCUCCCGCGGCUCCGGCUCCCGCUGGGUCGGCUUCCUCUUUCCCGGCGCUUUCCUUCUGCCGUCUCCCCCGUGGCAGCCCUUGCCCCAGCCCUGCCCUUGCCCCUGUCCUUGCCCCUAGUUAUGUCUCCUCCGGGGCUGCCCUGGGCCCCAGCGCAGCAGCUAGCUGGAAUAUUGUUCUUCAGCCUGUUGGCUCCUCUGGUGUUGGCAGAUGAAGACUGCCUGUGGUAUUUGGAUGGGAAUGGCUCGUGGCAUCCCGGGUUUGACUGUGAAGCCUCCUUCUGCUGUGGGACCUGCUACCACCGUUUCUGCUGCAGAGAUCUCUCCAGGCUCAUCACAGAGCGGCAGCAAAAGCACUGCCUUGCCUUUAGCCCCAAGACUAUUGCGGGUAUUGCCUCCGCUGUGAUCCUGUUCAUUGCCGUGGUAGUCACCACCAUCUGCUGCUUCCUCUGCUCCUGCUGUUACCUCUACCGCCGACGCCAGCAGCUUCGCACUCCCUUAGAAGUUCAAGAGAUCCCAAUGACAGGCAUCCCCAUCCAGCCGAUGUACCCAUAUCCUCAGGAUCCAAAAGCUGGCCCUGCACCUCCCCAGCCAGGCUUUGUGUACCCACCCAGUGGUCCUGCCCCCCAGUAUCCCAUGUACCCAGCUGGUCCCCCAGUCUACAAUCCUGCAGCUCCUCCUCCCUACAUGCCAUCACAGUCCACUUACCCUGGGGCCUGAGGAACCAGUCGUGUUUUUGCAGUCUUCCCUCUAGGCAUCACUGUUCUGAGGCACACCCUAAUUUCUCCACCUUGUUCCAUUGGUGGAAGAGGAUCAUACAGAAGGACCUAUCCAUGGACACUGAGCAUCAUACCGAGCGGGACAGAUACAUUGAUUUGGGAUAGGCUCCCUGAAGGCAUGGAACAGUCAUGGGACACCUUUCGGGAGGGGACUUUGGGGCUAGGGAGAUGGUGGCAUUAUUUUUAACACAGGGGGAAAGAUAUGAAGUGUUGAGAAGGAAAGCGUGGUGGAUGAGGGCACACCCUAUGCCCUGGUAAGUAGUGCCCUCCAUCAGGCCACCUUCAGGAGGGUUGUUGCUUACCCACGUUUGCUGCUCUUUCAAUUGUCACAAGUACACCCAUCAGAGUGGAAGUGGAAGAGGGCCACAUCUAUGGGUCACCAAUCAUCCUCUUCUCCCUUUCCUCCCACUACUGCCCCACAAACCAGGGCUCUCCCCACAGAUUAAACCUGUAAAUAUGAAA